UAUCUUAAGAUUGGCUCGACUGCUACACCAAAUUAAAAUUGAAUUUUUUCCGUUUUCUUUGAUUUUUUGCGACCCAUAACAAAUUUCCUUAUUAUCAACAGAUAUUCUAUUUUUAGACUGGGCCGUUAUUCGAUUAAAAAAAUUUUUUUGAAUGCCUCUCUUCUUUCCCAUUAUCCUCGCAUUUUUCUUUCUCCUUCCCGGACAUUCAUUCCAAUAAAAAUUAAUUUCCAAAAUUUAUUCAUUAACGAAAUUUUUCAAAGUUUGCCGUAUUGUCUGCUACUCUAGUUAUUAUGUGUUAUAUUAUGGCCUGGAUAUUUGGAGGAAUUGAUUUGCAAAUUAAUGCAGUUUUCUUUGAACAUUCCUCUCUAGGGGAAGAAGGUAUUAGAACUGCCAGUCAAAGAACUCCAAUUGAGGCUAAUUUUACCAUUACACAUAUGCAAAUGAUUUUGGCUGCUAUUCUCUUUUUGUUGGCUGUUGUAUUUUUAAUUGAGUUGUUCUUUUUUCAUAUUAUGUUGCGUGUUUUUCGUUAUAUUAGAGAUCAAAAUGGAAAUAAAUUGGAGAGCAAUAAUAAUUCUUUUGUGAAAGUUGAAAAUGGAAUUAUUGUUGGAGGGAAUGUUCAAAAUGACAACAAUCUAAGAUCUCCUCCACAUAAUCAACAUCAACAACAAUCUCCACCUUCACUUAAAACAUGUGCAAAUAUUUCUUCUCCCCAAUUACCAAAUACAAGUACAACAUCCACAACAGCCACAUUUAGUAUAAAUUCUUCUCCGCCUCCUCCUCUUGUAUUGACUGAAACGAAUAGAAUUCUACAGCCAACAAUUCAGAUACCCGGAAAUCAACGGCAUCCAUACAAUUCUCAUAGUAGUCCAGCAGUCUACUACGAAGUUCAACCGAGGAAGGAAUUGCAUGUUUAG